AUGAGAAUCCUGCCCCAGCUGUUCGCAUUACUUUCAGUACUGCCAUUGAUCUUAAGUUGCGCCGCUACGUCUCCAGGGACGUCAAUCCCUCGAACCACAACAACCACCACUACCACAGCUACAACUGCAGCAGCUUUGACUCCUUGUAUGACCUGUAUGGCGUCUCAAGUAUCGUUCGACAAGGCUAACGGUGAUCCCGGAAGGAUCGAUUCAAGUUUUAGACUGGAAAUGCCUGAUCCAGCAACAGGUUGUUUACGACUGACCGCUAUUUGUACUGCGCAAGUGGGAUUAAUUGCGUUUAUGGAAUUCAACGUCGUCGAAGGUGGUCCAGCGGAGAAUCAGAAUAUGGGACAGAUCGUUGAAGCAUUGCUAGAGUGCAUGAACGGAGCAUGGUUCUAUCGAGGGAUCCGGCAAGUGAAUUCAGUGCAAUGUACAGAGGCUCCAUUCUAA